ACGAUCCUUCAUAUAACUUGCAUAGUUUUAUUGUUCUUGAAAACGAACAAAAAAAUGGAGGCAAACCGUAAGCGCACCAACAGAGGCUUCUUGAAAGGAAAAUUAGCACCUUUCUACAAAUCACAAACAACAAAGUCUUUCCCAACAACAACUACAAAGGUUAAUAAGCCAAAUCAUUCUUCUCCUUCUUCUUCUUUGUCGUCGUCUUCUCCCUCCUCUUUCGGUGUUGUCCACCACCAUCAAGACUAUGCCGUGUCGCAGGCGAAGCCGAAUCCAAAGGUUUCCAUCAUUGUAGCUGAUGGCAGGGGCGGUGGUGACUUGAUGAGCCGUUUGGAAGAGUUCUAUGGCGUGCCGGCAGACGAAAGCGUCGACAUAAAAGCAAAAAUUUACAUAUCUAUGGUUCAAGAACGUUUAUCGCUUGAGCGAGUAAACAGUAAUGAAUCCAUACCCAACAAGUUUCAAGAAAAGAAUUGAUGAUGAUCGAGCACAAGGAGGUGCAUGAUUAAUUUUAGAUGCUGCUGGGGGCAUAAUAAUUCAUGGUGAACUCGUUAAUAAGUUUGUAAUACUGCUAGCUAGUGCAAAACUCGUCAAUUUUGACACUUUGUGCAGAAUUAUUACUAUGAUAUAUAUAUUAUAUAUGCGGUUUUGUGUUGAUAGGUAAGUCUGCUACUAUAUUGUUUGUUGCAACAUAGCCUAAUAAGCACAACAGCUCCUCUUUUUCGGAAGAGUAACGUUACGUGUACAU